AUGAUCUUUGAUUACAGAGAGAGCAGAAUUCACAGCGUUGCUUUGCCAGCCAAAACAUCUUUGCUUCCGGAAUCUUCGAUUACCGAAAAUAACAUACCGCCGCCAAUACCACGUCGACAUUCUGCUACCCCAGCGGUAGCACCACCUCCGAUUCCGCUGAGACCGCCGGCAAUACCGAAAAGAUGCAAGAAUGAGAAACCCAUACUGACAACAAAGCAAGAUAGUCAAGUAAAUCAUCAGAAAACAAACGAUCCGUCGUCGAUGAUUUCGACCGCAUGGGACAACGUGGAUUCGACGAAUAAAAAAUUCAUAGACUUGAAUUCAUUCGCAAAUCUAGAUCAAAUGCCUCGUCAGGAUUACGUGUUGAAUAAUGGGGGAAAGGACACGCGGGGAGCGAACGAGAAUAACGAUUUCGUGGCCGACUUCGAACGAGCGAACUUCCAGGAGGACGGAGGCAAAGUUCUCGAGCAGAAGUCAAGUUUCGAAGAUCUGCAGAAGGCUUCCUUGGAUCUCGAGAAAAGACUUCACGAGAGAAUUAUUAAGAGCGCCGAGGAGAAGUUCGAGGAUUCGAAUAAUCGCGCGGAUGCUCGACAGGACGCGAUCACCGUAUCGCAGCCUAUUAAUAGGCAUCAAUUAUCGAAGUUCGCAAAAGACGACGAACCCGAGCAGAAAGAAUCAUCCGAAAACGAACCGAAAGAGAGAACAAUGCUAAGAGAGGUCUUUCAAGAGGAAGAAUCCAAGUACACAACAACAAUUUUGUUCGGACGUGAACGAAGAUCGAAGUUCGAGGAGUUACAGGCGGCCUCGAAGAAUCUAGAAAGACGUUUGCACGGAGACGAGGAUUAUCGUCGACGUGCGGAGAUGGAAAGACGGAUCAACAGGGACAAGCCUCCCAGAUACGAAGAUCUCGAGAGAAUCCCGCAGGAUCUCGACAGACGUUUUCAUGGCGAGCAGAAGGCUCUGGAGCAUCUAAUCAUGCGGAGCAAAUACGAGAGCGAUAUGGAAAGGGCCAGAAAUGUUCUGCAGCAUAAUCUCCGAAAGGAGCGAAGCUGCGGCGAGAAACUUGAGAAACUGCCGAAGGCUACGCAGACGAAUUUACCGCCGCCUUUGAGCGCCAUUUGUCAGAGCCCAGUACCGAAGCCCAUCAGCGUCCGGCAGGAUAGUAACGUUUCCUCGGACAGUUUCAGCCAGACCAGCUCGCCGAGCUACACCAGCAAGACAAUGGAGGCUCCUCUUCUGCCUCACAAGCACGGAAAAGUACCAGGCAGAGCUUUAGUGUUGGAGCGUGAUAACUCAUCCGGACGGCCGAUAACGAAGUCUACGAGUACGCCGGCCAGUUUGCAGACUAUCGUCAGGAUGCACGGGAACAAUGGUUCGUUGCAUCACAAAAUAAUCAGGAACAUGACUGGCGGCCACUACGUGACGACCGGCAGACUGCGUUUCAGAUCUGUGCAGAUUGUGGUGAAUGCCAUCGCCCUCUUGGCCAUAGCCGGUGGUCUCGCCGCGUACUUCAAAAAGUCCGAAAGUGACUUGAAGACGAACAGCAUAUACACGUCUAUGAUCCCGAUAGGCGAAUAUCCGUAUUUGAUCACGGAAGAACACAAUCCAGCUCCGGGAAUAUGUCUACCUGUCAUCGUGACCUUCUGCCAGCAGCACAAGGCUCCGUACAACUACACUGUGUUUCCGAAUUAUAUGGGAAAUUUUGGACAACGGGAAGCGCAGAACGAACUCGAGCUUUAUGAAGCUGUCGUCGACGUCAGGUGCUACGAACUGGCUGCUCUAUUUCUGUGUAGCGUUUUCGUGCCGAAAUGCGGACUAGGAGGUCGCGUCGUACGUCCGUGUCGCAGUCUCUGUCGUCAGACUAAGAGACGAUGCGGCUUCUUUCUGAAAGUCUUUGGUUUGUCUUUACCGGAUUAUCUCGAAUGCGAUCUUUUUCCGGACAGCAUGAAUCCCGAAGAAUGCAUCGGACAUUACGAAGUGAUGCAGGCGGCAAGAAGAGCCGAGAAAUCGAUAUGCAGCAGCGGGUUUCAAUGCGACGGCACAAGAUGCAUACCAUCGGAUUGGCGAUGCGACGGUCAUCUGGACUGCUCCGAUCACAGCGACGAGAUCGAAUGCGGAGAAUGCAAUUUCAGUUCGUCGUUAUCUCCGAUGUCUUCGACGCCAUCCACCACAUUCGGCAAGAUAAUAAAAGGACCCUCCGACAAGGCUUCCUCCACCAAGUCCUCGUUGCACUGCGGCAAAAGAAGAUGCAUGUCGGCCAGUCAUAUCUGCGACGGUGUAAUGGAUUGUCCGUGGGGACAGGACGAGCGGUAUUGUUUAAAACUGAGCGAAAGAAACGGAGACAUCGGCAAAGGCCGGCUCGAGGUGUACCACGCGGAACUUGGUAAAUUUGUGCCGGCGUGUAUCUCGCAUUGGGAAUCCACAUCGGCACAGGAAAUUUGUGCUAUGCUGGGAUACACAGUUGCGAAUACCGUCAUCAACGUAACGAAAUUCGAUCUGGAAAACGUUACUACUGAGGAUACCGAGGAUACCGGGCCGCGACCAAAUUUGCUGAAGCAGUUUCAGAAUUGCGUCAAUAAACGAGAAAGUUACCCCACAGUGAAACUAACUUGCACCAAAUACGCUUGCGGCCGCAGACGUUUCGUUUACGGGAACGUGAAGGCUCAGAAGCGAAUAGUGGGUGGUGUGGAGGCAGCCCCUGGUGAUUGGCCGUUUCUCGCAGCCAUUCUUGGCGGACCCGAACACGUCUUCUAUUGUGCCGGUGUUCUCAUUGCCGAUCAGUGGGUUUUGACCGCGUCCCAUUGUGUUGGAAACUUCAGCCAAACAGAGGUGUCUGGUUGGACAAUACAGCUCGGUAUUACCAGAAGACUCUCUAACAGUUAUCUCGGUAUCAAGCUGAAAGUGCGAAGAGUGAUUGCACAUCCGAAUUACAACAUGAGAGCUGCUCACGACAAUGACAUAGCAUUAUUCCAACUUGAAAGACGAGUUCAGUAUCACGAGCAUCUGAGGCCGGUAUGUUUACCGACUGCUGCUACGAAUCUUGUACCUGGUACUCUUUGUACGGUCAUCGGUUGGGGCAAGAAAAACGAUACUUACACUUCUGAAUACGAACCCGCUGUAAACGAGGUACAAGUUCCCAUCCUCAAUCGACAAAUUUGUAACUCGUGGUUAGCGUUCAAAGAAUUAAAUGUCACCGACGGAAUGAUUUGCGCCGGUUAUCCAGACGGAGGAAAGGACGCGUGCCAGGGGGAUUCCGGUGGACCCUUAUUGUGUCAGGACAAAAACGACAAGGAGAAAUGGUACGUCGGCGGAAUUGUCAGCUGGGGCAUAAAAUGCGCUCAUCCAAAACUGCCCGGAGUUUACGCUUACGUGCCCAAGUACGUGCCAUGGAUCCGAGAAGAAAUGGCCAAGUACUCCGAUGGCAGGUGGAACGCGUAAUCGACCGAAUAUCGCGUGAAUCAUAAAACUACGAUAAAAUCGUAGGCAACGACAAAUCGAAUCGAAUAAGAAGGCAAAAAGAUGAAAUGAAAUAGAUCUCAAAUAAAUUUUCAUGUUUGCGUUUCAUGUAGCUGAUACGCAUUGCGAUAUUCAAACAAGGAAUUCAAAGAAAUUAUCAGUUCACUAUAUUUAGCAAUUAUCAGACCGCCAUGUUUAUGUUAUCGUUUAUCUACGCUUGGCAAUUGCGAGGAUUAUUGUAGACAAUUAAGACAAUAUCGUUUGCACAUAUCAACAUUAGAUUGUGCAACACACAUUGCAUUAAAAAAUUCAACAGAUAACUGUGCGCAAUUAAAAAGGCGCAGACAAAUAACGGAAGCUGAUAAAAAUCGUUUGUAAGACAAAUAAUUGAAGUUGUUUGCCAAGCUUUGAAAUAUUCCAGACGUUACUAGCACUGACGUAACUGAAUUUGAUCUCACAAGUGUGAUAACGGCAAAAAUCAACCAAGGAAGUCCAUAUCGCGAUCAACGGACGAACAAAUUUAUUAUAGAACUCGAUUAUCAACAUAUUCCGAAAUAUUAACGUUUCUCAUGACAAUACAUUCUCUCAUAACUCCCCAAUCGAAUCUUCGUCGAGUUUUCGUAAACAAAAAUUUGCGAUAAGCGUUUCAUUGACAAUAAGAUAAUCGAGGAAACAUAGAAUAUGCUAUUUUGUAACUAAAGUUGCACUACUAACGCGUCCGCGUUCACACGAUGUUCAAAUAAUAAGCCAUUUUCUAGAAAAUUAUUAGACAAAAAGAUCGGUCUCAUUAAAAGAUGCCGAUGUACGUACUUUUGGUACUAAAACAAGAAAACUAUCUCUUGAGGAUUUGUGUCAAAGUGAAAAAAAAAUCACGCAUAUGAUGCGACAAUAAAUAAUUUUAUAGCUGCUGACCUCAAGGCAGCCGUGUGAAGAAACCACCAAGUGGUUGAAGAUUUUUUUGAUCUAGGUCUGUGUGUUGCGUAGGGUGUGCGUUUAACUAACAAUGGCAACGCUCGUUUAACGAUACGAGCUGUUUUGAGAGGAAUAAUGGUGCAAGUCGUGUAUUUUCUAAAACAUUUACGCGCGACGUUUAUAUAUCGACGUAAAAUUAAAACUUUGUUUUUAAAAUAAAACAAAAUAUUUAAU